AUGGGCUCUGUCGACCUGAUUGCAAGCUUGAAUGCUCGGGGCCCAACAAGCGGAUUUACCGACGUGCCCGACAAUGACGAGUCUCUCCCAGACGAUUUUCAGCGCGAAAAGGCCAAGCUCUUCAAUCCCUUGAAAGUCGGCGCCUUUAACCUCAGGCACCGCAUCGUCCAUGCUGCCCUGGGCCGGUCUCGGAGCGCAUUCGCGACUGAGAGUCCGCUGGCCGCAGAGUACUUCCGCCAAAGAACGACCCCGGGCAGCUUGGUCAUAUCUCAGGCGACCUCAGAGAUUGUCCGAACUAGUGUCCUCAAUAUUCGCAAAGCGGCCGAGAAUGAAGGCCGCGACCAGAACCAUAUCAAGAUUAUCGCCAGUAGCACCACGAUAGUGGCCGCCACGGAUGAAGAGGCCUUCAAAAAGCGGGGCGAAUACCUUAGUUAUGUAGACUAG